AAUGUCACAAACAGAUAGCACUAAAACUUCAGGAUAAAAAGUCAAAAAAUAACUGAUUAGUCCUUUGAAAGAAGCACUUUCAUAAUUAACGAAAUCAUAUAAAUUUUUUAUCCCUAAUGAGGAAGAAGUAAUUCUUGUUCAUGUAGAUCUACCGUGUCAUAUUGAAUUACAAGAAGCUACUUCUAGAGCUCUAAAACUUAUACCAAAACACAAUCCAGUAGAUCAAAAUCCUAAUAAUUAUGACAUUUAUGUUGCCAAGAAAAAUGGUUUACCUAAAAUGGAUAUCCCCUCUUACCAAUCAAACUUAAGACUUGAAGAAACAGGAAAUUUCGUAUAUUCCUUAGUUCAUGUAACAUAUUAAGAAAAAAAUGUAAGAAAAUCAAUCAGAAAAUCCACUUAUGAUCUAUCACACUAUCAAAGUCCAACACAACCUUCAAGAUCAAAAGAAAUCAAUUUAAACCUACCCAAAUCAGAAAAAAACUGGUUACUUCGACUAUUAGGAUGUGCUUGA